CUUUGGAGAAAAUUUUGCAAAUCAUAUUGUAAGAAUUUGUAGCGUUUGUUGUUUAAAACAGCACUUCCUUUAAAAUUGAAACGAUAGCUUCAAAUAUGCGCGGAGGUGCAGCUUUAUUCGGAAAUUCAGCCGCCAGGUCGCAAAACAAGAACCUGGUUGAGUUCAAAGCUGGUAAAAUGACGAUGAAAGGCAAGAUGGUUCAUCCAGAUAAAAGGAAGGGACUGGUGUAUGUCUAUCAGUCUGAAGAUUCUCUAAUGCAUUUUUGCUGGAAGGAUCGUCAGACCGGGACGGUUGAAGAUGAUCUGAUAAUUUUCCCAGAUGAUUGUGAAUUCAAGAGAGUUGCACAGUGCACCACCGGACGAGUUUAUAUUUUGAAGUUCAAGUCGUCAUCCCGGAAGUAUUUCUUCUGGCUCCAGGAGCCGAAGACGGACAAGGACGAGGAGCUGUGCCGGCGCGUGCACGAGGCGCUGAACAACCCCCCCACGCCGGGCGCCCAGCGCAGCGGGGGGGCCACGCCCGACGGGGACCUGCAGAACCUGCUCAACAACAUGAGCCAGCAGCAGCUCAUGCAGCUGUUCGGCGGCGUGGGCCAGAUCGGCGGCCUCUCCAGCCUGCUGGGCACCCUCAGCAGGCCCUCCACGGUGCAAGGGGCGCGCUCCUCGUCGUCGUCUGCCUCCACGCAGAGCUCCAGCACGACACCGCGACGGCCCCCGCUCGCCCCGAGGCCGCCGCCCCCGCCGGCGCCGGGCCCCGCCCCGGGGGCUGCCGACACCACCGCCUCCACCACCACCUCCUCCACCACCGCCAGCAAGUCCUCGGAGAAGGAGAAGCCGCCCAUCCAGCUGAGCGACCUGCAGAACUUCCUGUCCAGCCUCACCGGGCCGGGCCCCUCCGACUCUGCGUCCUCGCCGAGUGUUGACCUGUCCACAGUGCUGACCACGGACAACCUGCAGGCGCUGGUGCGAGACCCCGCCCUGGCGGAGACCCUGGGCCGGCACCUGCCCCAGGUGGGGCAGGACGCGGCCAGCGACAAGCCGGAGGGGCCCGCCCCGCCCCCCGCCGAGCGCCUGGAGCAGACGCUGGCGUCGCCGCCCUUCCAGCAGGCGGUGAGCAACUUCAGCGCGGCGCUGCAGUCGGGGCAGUUGGCGCCCGUGGUGCAGCAGCUGGACGUGGGCUCGGAGGCGGUGAGCGCCGCGCAGAAGGGCAACAUGGAGGCGUUCGUGAAGGCGCUGGAGAAGACCUCCAUCAGCGCCGAGCCGGACAAGGGCAAGCGAGACGACAAGAAGAAAGACGACGGCAGCAAGAAGCCCAAGGAUGACGCGGACGAGGACGACGAGAGCAUGUCGCUGGACUGAUCCGUCCUCCAGCUUAGUACACUGUGUGAAACAUUCUGAUAGCUGAAACUGUGCGGUAAAGUUUGCUAAACUAAA